UUCCGUGCGCACACGUCGCGCACGUUAGCAUCUCUGACCCACUCCACUCCAUUCCACUCGGUCGCUCUAUUCCCUGCGAGUGAGAAAGAGAGAGAAGGAGACCAAAAACACAUUUCAAUCCAAUUUUCCAGAGCUACAUUCUCCUCCCAAAUCCUUAUUUUACCUUCUUUUAUCCCUGUAAUUACGACCCUACGCUCCACCUCAUGGCUCCGGCUUCCACCACCUCCUCAUCGGGGGCGGGGGCGGCUCGGCGUCUUAUUGGCUCUCGCCGGCGAACCGAAGCUACUCCCUUGCCUUCGCCCCCGGACUCACCGCCACCGAAGAAGCUGAAGCCCAUGUCGGAGAUAUUAGCCAAGGCUAAGUACGCCGUGGUGGAGCCAGCUGACUACAACGACUUGAGCUGCGAGCAAUGUGGCUCAGGUGACCGGGCUGACGAGCUACUCUUGUGCGAUAAAUGCGAUAAGGGAUUUCACAUGAAAUGCGUGAGUCCGAUCGUUGUGAGGAUCCCGAUUGGAUCGUGGCUGUGCCCCAAGUGCUCUGGCCAGAGACGAGUAAGAAGGCUUUCGCAGAAGAAGAUAAUUGAUUUUUUUAGGAUUCAGACAUGCAAUCGUAGGAAAGAUAAAUGCAGUUAUCGUCAAGACACAAGAAAGCGUCGGAGGCGUUCUGGAUCAUUGGUAUAUCAAAAGAAAAGGCGGAGACUGUUGCCAUUUAUUCCAUCAGAAGAUCCUGCUGAAAGGUCAAAACAAAUGGGCACCCUUGCUUCUGCGUUGAUGGCAUUACAAAUGGAGUUUAGUGAUGAUCUAACCUACUUGCCUAGCAUGGCUUCUAGAUCUGCCAAUCAGGCAAAAUUUGAAGAGGGUGGCAUGCAGGUUCUUUCUAAGGAGGAUAUAGAGACAUUGGAACAAUGUAGAGCUAUGUGUAGAAGAGGCGAAUGCCCUCCCCUUGUAGUGGUUUUUGAUUCUUGUGAAGGAUUUACUGUUGAGGCGGAUGGCCAGAUAAAAGAUAUGACAUUUAUAACUGAGUACACAGGCGAUGUGGAUUAUAUUAGAAACCGUGAACAUGAUGACUGUGAUAGUAUGAUGACCCUACUCUUAGCAAAAGACCCAUCUAAAAGUCUUGUCAUCUGCCCUGAUAAACGUGGAAAUGUUGCUCGCUUUAUCAAUGGCAUUAACAAUCAUACUCCGGAUGGUAAGAAGAAGCAGAAUUGUAAAUGUGUGAGAUACAGUGUAAAUGGUGAAUGCCGGGUAUUUUUGGUUGCUACUCGUGAUAUUGCUAAAGGAGAGAGGCUAUACUAUGAUUAUAAUGGAUAUGAGCAUGAAUAUCCUACUCAACAUUUUGUCUGAGAAACUUAUAGAUAGUUGUCUGAUAGUUCGACAGAACUAGUAUUUGGAUCCUCAUAGAUGCUUUCUCAUCGGCAUAUAAUUUCACAGCUUAAUCAAUGUUGUUGCGGAGUUGAAAAAAUCUCUUCUAAUGUACUCUUUGGCCUUUUACAGUAAUUUAUGUAGAGCUACCUGUCAUGAGGCCAUGAGAAAAUUUAGAGGAGGCAAGUAAGGUUUCCCUUAGAAUUUAGACAUGAAAUUUUGAUAUCCUAGAAAUAUUUUUAGGAAAAAGAAUCCUUUUGUAAUACAGAUUUCAAUUGAAAUCUUUUCUUUUA